AUGUGUCGCUGGCCUAUCGAACUCCAUUCUUGCGGUCAUAAAGGAACUGUUGGGGAUAUCUGGUCUUGCGAACCUCCAGCUGGCUCAGGCAUUGCGUGCACGGGUGAAAUAGAGGUUCCAGAGCCUAUCCCGAGUAAGUGCUGGAAGUGUGCUUUAAAAUGCCAGCAACAGGAGAACUAUGGAAAUGUUGAACCCCAACAAGUACAAAAGCCAGAAGGCGCCACGAAGACUGCUAAUAUUGCACGAAUAAAUAGAGCAAAAAAGACACCAGGUAAGUUGGGCAAGAGAAUUCUGAAGAGAAAAGAAAAGGCACAGCUUAAAAAAGCUUUGCAGAAGCAGCCCCAAAAAAUCGAGAUCAGCAGGAGGGAGGUGAUAAUUCCUGACAAUGUACAGUAUCUGAACUAUGACUAA